CCAAACGCUGCGCACGGCCUGCGAUACGUUUCGGUCCGAUCUCUAUUCUUCUCCACUCGGCGACUCCACCUCUUUGGUUGCAACCGGUGCAGCAGUGCGGCAGCAUGGACUCCUUGCUAAGUGGCAGCCUAGCCGGCAUCGUCGCGGACGUCGCCACGCACCCGCUCGGCACGGUGAAGACAAGGCUCCAGGUGCAGGGCGCCUCGGCAUCAUCGCUCACGCGCUACGGCGGCGUCGCGCAGGGCCUGACGCGAAUCUUAACAAAAGAAGGCGUCGGCGCGCUCUACAAGGGCGUCGGCGUCGUCGUGGCGACCGCGGCACCAGCCCAGGGCCUGUUCUUCCUGGGGAACGACACGGCGCGCGAGGCGCUGCGGCCGCACCUGCCCGCGGCGGCCGCCAGUUUCGCGGCUGGCUGCGUCGCGCAGCUCUGCGGGUCCUUGUGCUGGGUGCCGAUGGAUACGGUGAAGGAACGGCUGCAAGUAGAAGGGCAGCUCAAGCGCGGGUCCAAGGCCGAGCUCGGCGGCUCCUGGAACGCGGUCCGAACGAUCCUGCGGCGGGAAGGGUUGCGGGGAUUCUACCCGGCGUAUUGGGUCCACCAGGCGACCUGGGCCCCGUUUAACGGCCUGUUCUUCGCCAUCUACGAGGCAUGCAAGGACGCCGGUGUCCACGGCCUGGGCAGCGGCGUGGUCGCUGGCGUUGCGGCGGGCUUUUUAACAAACCCGAUGGACCUGGUGAAGACGCGGCUGCAGGUGGCCCGAACCGACCCCAGUACGUUUGCCUACGCCGGCGCGUUCGACUGCGUGGGGCAGAUCCUGCGCCGGGAAGGGCCCCGCGCGUUCCUCGACGGGGCGAUCGCGCGCUGCGCGACCGUCGCCCCCAGAUUGACGAUCUGCGUCCUCGUGAAGGACGCGAUCGCGCCGGGCGUCAAGGAGGUGCUCGGCUAG